UAAACGCGUUAACUUGUGUCAAUAUGACAGUAUCAGAAUCGCACUGUCUGAUACGGUAGCCUAGCAGUACUCAAACUGUUGGUCCGUGGUUCCAUAGAUCUCCCUGUAUUAUGUUGACACAAGUUUUCCGAUGCAUACAUCUAGAUCUGCAAAAUCAUCGUUAUUACGAACGCAGACGGACAAUGAACUAGGAUGACAUUUGCAGGGAGCUAGAGCCCUUUGAAUACCUACACUAAAUUUAUAAUCCACCACGAUGGAAGAAGGUGCAUAUGAACAGCUGGUCGUCAACCCCGAUAUAAAUGACGACUUAAACAACGAUAGUGAUAACCCGAGCAAAACAUCAAGCAUCAACGGCAACUACAUCACACUACCCGACUCGUCAUCGCGUGCGGGGAACGACUUCCAGGUCAGCCUGCAGAGGGCGCGCUCGCGGCACCUAACGGUCGAAGUGCCACUUCUUCUGGUGGCUUUGAGCCUCAGUAUCCUCGGCACAUUGCGAUCGGAGUACUUGCGGGAGCGCGUCGCCACCGAUGUCUAUCAUGUUAACGUGUCGAUGAACGACUCUAACUCGUGUGGUGGGAAUACUUCGAGUGUAGAGGAUGAUAUCCAGGCGACGACAUCCACAUGGCUACUUUAUCUUGGCGCCAUUCAAGCCAUUCCAGGUCUGUUCAUGGCCAUAAUACUCGGUUCCGUAAGCGAUCGGCUCGGUCGCAAGCCCGCCCUCGCUUUGUGCGUGACUGGUCUCCUCAUCAAUACAGUCUUCAACAUCGUGGUGAUCUACUUCCAUUUCCCAAUACCGGCCUUCAUCCCUGGAGACCUUAUCGGGGGGCUCUGCGGGGGGCUUGCACUGCUCCUCUCGACCAGUGCUGCCUACGUGUGCGACGUGACCUCAGCGAAAAUGCGAACUUUUCGGAUCGUCGUCGUAGAGACGGUUUUGUUUGUAGGAUACGGGAUUGGACAGAUAGCACUAGGAUUCACCCUGCAGUACAGUGCGGAUCCGACGUUAAACAAAUACCUUCUUCCUCUAUGGAUCUCCCUUGGGUGUGCGGUGGCAUCCCUUGUUUAUAUUUUGUUACCAUGGUUACUGAUCGAGACCGUGGAUAGGAGACAAGUUGUUGGGAAAGGAUCGCAGAUAUCCAAGGUCCUGGUUGGAAUCUAUCAGUUGAUAAAGGAAAACACGAAUCAAAGAAGAAGGAAAGUGUUGGGCUAUGCUGUCAUCAUGAUGUUUGGUGUAUUUGUAGUCCAAUCCUCUGCUCAAGUGUUCGUAGUUUACAGUUUGGGGGAGCCCUUCUGUCUGGGACCGCUGGAUGUGUCCUUCGUCAGUGUUACCUCGGUGAUAUCCGGGUCCAUAGGACCAGUUGACUGCAUGGCGAGGGCUGUAGGCUGUAGGCCCAAAGUGCUGAACACGCUCUGGGACCAGAGAGAUCGAGUCCAAGGACCGGAAUGA